AUGACUAAUUCGCCUCCUGGAUCACCGCCCCGCAGCAGUAUCCAGCGUCCAUUGAGCGCGAUAAUGAGGCCUCCCCGGAGCCACAGUCGUUUGAGCGUUGGAAGCAAGCAAGGGGGAGGGAGUCGGGCGUCGGACGAAGACGGAAAGACCGCAGUCAAAGUCGCUGUUCGAGUACGACCACCGUUGAAGCCCACAGACCCUGGCUACGAAUUGAUACCCCCUCGGUUCCAACGGGCAACCGUCCAUGUCACAUCUGAUACGAGCUUAGCCGUGGACUCCCCUCAGGGUCGCAAACUCUUUGUUUUCGACAGAGUAUUCAACGAGACCAUUGACCAAGACGGUAUUUGGCAAUAUCUCCAAGACAGCGUCAACUCGUUCGUGCAAGGGUACAAUGUAUCAAUAUUGGCGUAUGGACAGUCCGGUGCCGGGAAAUCGUACACUAUGGGUACAUCCGGUCCCGCUGAACAGAAUGAUCCCCAAGCCAUGGGUAUCGUCCCCCGUGCAGCGCAGAUGCUUUUUGAAAAAUUAACGGAUAGCAAUGCGAAUCACUCCCGAACAGGAUCUACAGGAUUGCGGACCCCCGCAAGAUACUCAAUAGCGUCAUCUUUGCCGAAUUUUGGAAAGGGGAACUUGGAUAAAAACUGGCAACUAAAAGCCACUUAUGUCGAGAUCUACAACGAGCACCUUAGAGACCUUUUGGUUCCAGAAUCUACUCCAAUGAGCGAUCGAAGCACUGUCACUAUCCGAGAGGAUACCAAGGGACGCAUCAUUCUCACCGGAUUAAACCAAGUGAACAUCAACUCCUUCGAAGACCUUCUCGGCGCCCUAAAUUUUGGUUCUGCGAUUCGACAGACAGAUGCUACAGCAGUUAACGCCAAAUCGUCUCGUUCGCACGCGGUUUUCAGCUUGAAUCUUGUUCAGCGCAAGGACCCAACCUCUACCAUGUCGGCAAAGGAAAAGCGAUUCUCUGUCCCUGUUGAGGCUUUUUCCGGUGCUGAUACUUCAUUUGUGACGGUCGAUAGUAAACUUCACUUUGUGGAUCUGGCUGGCAGCGAACGUUUGAAGAAUACUGGCGCGUCGGGAGAACGAGCGAAGGAAGGUAUAUCGAUUAAUGCUGGACUGGCAAGUUUGGGCAAGGUUAUCUCGCAGCUCUCCUCCCGUCACGCUGGAGCGCACGUUUCCUAUCGGGACUCCAAACUCACACGCCUCCUUCAAGAUUCUUUGGGUGGCAAUGCGAUUACUUACAUGAUUGCUUGCGUGACUCCUGCCGAAUUUCAUCUCAGUGAAACCUUGAAUACUGUACAGUAUGCACAGCGAGCCAGGGCUAUCCAGAGUAAACCGAGGAUUCAGCAAGUUACCGAUGAGCGUGACAAGCAAGCUGUUAUUGAACGACUCAAGGCUGAAGUUGCUUUUUUGCGCCAACAAAUCCGGAACACCGAGGGCGGUGAGAGAAGAAGUGGGCCUCUCCAAGACCGGUCAGAACGCCAAAGCGAACGUGAGAUAGAACUACAGAAUCACUUGUUGGAUACCCAAGAGAGCUACACCGCCUUGAGUCAGCGCCACGCAAAGCUGAUCUCAGAGCUCACAAAAGCCUCCGAUUUCAACGGUGACGAUGACGACUUACAGAAUAUAAUCAGUGGUAGUGCCAUGGAGAGGUUGAAACGCUCACAUUCUUUUGCGGAAUCUGUCGAGCAAGUCGUCCUGGAAUACGAAAAGACAAUCCAAAGCCUAGAGUCCUCCUUGUCCAACACUCGUUCAUCGCUGUCGAAUACUGAGAGCACGCUUCUUGAAAGGGAGACGAAAUGUGCCUAUGUUGAGACAGUCAACUCUCAGCUCCAAGCCCGCAUUCAAAAGAUGAUGGACAGAGAGGCGAACACUGAGAGCUAUCUUCAUGAUCUAGAAUCCAAGCUUGAUGGUCACGCCUCAGGUGAAGAAAAGAACGCCUCAAUCAUUGCUGAAUUGCGCAAGGAGAUCGCACGUGCCCGAGAAAAUGAGGCGAGCUGCGAGGAUUAUAUCUCAACUUUGGAGGAAAGACUUGCCGAAGCCGACCAGGAUAUGGAACUAAUGCAACGAGAAAUGGAGAGAUUGGAACAUGUCAUCGACCGCCAACGGAGUCUUGGGAAGCUGGACACUCUACUUUACGAGUUGGAUCACAUCCAGCAAAAUGGUUCCAAGGGGGAGAAGGAAAAAGAUGUUAUUGUAGGCCCUCCACCUGCUACCGUACAGAAACGAAAGACUUCACGCGCACGAAGUCUUCAGCUCGAUGUCCUUAUGGAAGCUGCAGAGACCGCUAUCCCAGAAUCGGAUGACGAUCUCGUGGAUCAACCACUGUCAGAUGAAAACCUGCCAAGCGUUGAUGCUCCUAAUGACGAUUCUGGUUUGGAAGCACUUGAAAGAGCCUCAGCACCCCAGAAUGCGGACAACCUGACGGCCCACGAUGAAUAUCCUCCGCAAAGCCCCGCACAAUCACGCUUUGUUGCUGACAAGCUCGAGAGCGUGACCCACGAGUUGUUUGAACUUCGGAUUCAGCAUGAGAACACGGUCAAUGAGUAUGAUCUUCUUCAUGCGAAGUAUGACGAAGCUCUACGCACCCUUGCAGAACUUCGCGAUGCUGUUGACGAAGCCAGACAUCCAGCUGAGCCCACUACCCUCUCUCCAAUGGGUAAAACACACCCGGUUUCUUUUUUAGAAGACGUCGGAGCUCAGCAACUGAAAAAUGGAAACCAAUGUUCAUUGUCGCGAUCGCUUUCUUCGGAGCCCUCCUUGGAAGGGGAGUCGUCUAUUUCACUUGGCGAGCCGGACACUCCGGCUAUCCAGAGAGCGGAAUCAAGCCAACGAGAUGUUUGCGAGAAAGAUGAAACUAGCUCUCGUGAACUUGAAAGCCUACGGAGGCUUUUAGUAGAACACCAAGAAGGGAUGGGUGUCGUAACACAGAAAUAUGCUGAGCUCCAAGCCGAACAUGAAGAAACCCUUGGCCUAGUCGAGCAGCUCAAAGCGGAGGUUCAGAGAACUAAAGUGGCUUCUCCAACAACUCCAACAACUCCGAAAUCCCAGGUAAUCCGCCGGAUGACUAGCCAAAACCUUAUCAAUCCAGACCGUGCUCAUAGAUCAUUUGCAACGUUGCGUAACAUUGCCGCUGAGGAAUUUGAGAGUCGACCGGAUACUAUGCAAAAUUUCGAGCUUAACCUCAAUACGGCAAUGCAUGAGCUUCACUCGCGAAUGGAACGGAUCCAAGCUCUUGAAGCUGAGAACAAGAACGUCAAGAAGGAAAUGGAAAUGAAAGCUACUAUAAUAUCCGGCUUGACCCGAGAAAGGUCUAGUUUGCAAGGCCAGUCGCCAGUUGAUUCCUCUGUUGUUUCUCAAAUGCGGGAUCAGAUUGUGCACUGCGAGACACAAAUUAAAGAACUUCAAGAAGCCCAUGAUAUUCGAGAGAAGGAACUCACUUCCGAAUUGCAAACCCUUAAUGAGAUGCUGACUGUUCACAAAACUGCACUUGAACACAAGGAGGUGGAGGUUCAGGGUCAUAAGGAGAGGAUCGUACAACUCGAAGAUGAAAACACACAGUGGCAAGAAAAGCACCAGUCCGUCAUGUCCGACCUUGAGUCUGCACAGGAGAAAUUACAAUCUACGAUUGAGGAACUCCAGAGGGCGACGACUGAGCGAUCUCAGUGGCAAGACAAGCACCAAGCUGCCGCGGACGAGCUGGUAGCUUCUGAGAAACAACUUCAGACGACCCGUGCCGAACUUGACGCUGCCCUUGCCAGUGUGGACGCUAUGAGGAGCGAACGAAACGAGGUAGAUGGAGCCAACGCCCAGCAAAUCGCGGACGCAGCUACAAGCUUGGAAAACGAGCGACUUAAGCAUCAAGAACUCGUUGAUAGCCUUAAGAAGGAUAUUGAAGAGCUCAAGGAAUCUAUCGCUGCCAAUAUGUCAACGAUCUCUGAUCUUGAGAAGGCCCACACCGACAGCAGGACUGAACUUGCCGACCGCAUCGCUGAGAAAGAAACCACUAGCAAGGAGCUUGAGUCCUAUCGCAGUCGAGUCGACGAACUGUCUCGACAGAUUGAAAGCCACAAGAGCGCCUCCGAAGCACAACAAGCGGAACUAGCCUCGCUCCAGAUGUCUCAUGCGGAGGAAUUAAAAGAGCUGGAAAUCCGAACAAAAGCAGCGGCAGAAGCGGAGUACGAAUCACGUAUUGCACAGGAGAAUCUUAAGCAUCAACAGGCUCUCGAUGAUUUACAAGCUGAGAUUACUUCCUCUAAAAACGAAUUGACUCAGCUUCUCAACACAAUCAACUCCGUCCUAAGCACCCCUGUGACUGUUGAUACCAUUCACACCCAGCUGCAAGAUAUCAUUUCCCAGAAACAACAUUUUGCCGACAAAUACUCGGAGCUUAUCGAAGCCAAUGAGGCGCUUCUUCGUCAAGUUGACGAAAAGCAAAGCGGUCAUGCCGAUCUUGAACAGCAGAUUUCCGCUCUAAAUGACAAGAGCGAGAAGCAGGAGGCCAAGGUCAAUGAGCUUGCCCACCUGGUGGCUACCCAUGAGGACUCACUCAGUGCUAAGGACGAGCUUAUCAAGAAGAAAGAAGCUCUCAUUACUGAACUUAAGACUGAGAAGGACAAAAGCUUGCGACUGGUGGAGGAGCUCGAAGAACAAAUCACGAACACCUUCGACCAACAUCAUAAUCGUUUGUCGGUCAUCCAGGCUGAACGCAAUCAAGCUCUGGAGGAAGCAAACGCGAAGGUUGCACUAUACGAGAAAGAAGUCGAAUCCUACCGUACGCGUAUUGAACAACUCGAGGUAAUGCAAACAAUACCUAGGAUCGGGGCAACAGUUCCACUAACUCUUGAGCAGGCACACACUAGAAAUGGCUCCCCCGAAGGUCACAAUGCCGACCGUACGAGUUCCAUAUCAUCGAACCUCAGAAAGAGCGCCUCUGCUGCAUCUCUCCCUUCCCCGCCUCCCGCAAUUCCUCUCCCACCACUUCCAAAUAUCGCCGCUGCCGCCAAUACCGGCAGCAUUUCCCCACCUAGCUCGAGACAUACAAGCAAGGAGCUUGUGAAUGCUCAACUCGUCGAGGAUCAGGAAGCUCGCAUUCGCACAAUUGAGAAGCACCUGCAUGCGGAGAAGCAGCUUACCGCAACAUUAGAAGAAGCUCUCGGCGACCUCGAGGCUCAAAGUAACAAGGUCAAGACGGACAUGGAAGGCUGGAAGAAGAAGGCCUGGCAGCUGGAAGAAGAACUGAAUACUCUGCGAUCUGAACGUAAUUCCGCCAGACUUUCGCUCCAAGCUGUGGAAGAAGAGCGAAAUGCCCGACGAGAAGCAGAAGCGGCCCGCGCGCAUCUGGAAGAGAAGAUGAAUGCCAUCAGCAAGAAAAAGAAAAAGAGCACGUUGAACUGCUUCUAAGAAGCAGAGAACUCGAACCCAAAUUUUCUACCCUGCUUCGCUUGCCCCUUUCCUGAUGUCCACCCACAUCCCUCGCAACAUUUCCACUGUCUCAUAAUGCCUGUCGCUUAUCCUCCCCCUUCUCAGCAGUCGGUUUUUCUAAUGCACAUGUACAUCCCAUCGCUUUGCUUUUUACCUUCUUAUGAUGUCAUUUAUGAACCCCGCUCCAUACAUCGGAUGCUCAUACAUGCUUGUCUUUGAUGUGGUGUUUCUUCUGAGUCCUGGAUAUCUUGUGUAUUAUUUCUUCCUUGGUCGCCUCAUCUGCGGCGCGCUUUGUUAUUUAUCAUUUUGCUUCAUACCCCCUUUUUCUGUUUAUUUUCAUUUUUGAUUUUGACCACGUUAUGAAGAUACCAUCUGAGAUUGACAAGUAUUGUCACCAUGUAAUUCCACAUAAUGGUAAAUCUUAACCAACGAAAAGGGGGAGGGGGUCUGCAUUUAUUUGGCUUCAUUUCUGCAAAGUCCUGAUUGAUUUAUCCAUAUCUUUCCCUCCCCGUCCUCGCUUCUUUUCACCUCAGUUACCCUUGGAUUGUUGCAUACAUGUGUACUAGCUCAACUUCGACCUUUGGAACUUUGCUCCAUGCCAAAUUGCAAUUGUCAGUCUUGCUACA